CUAACAACAGUUGGGCAAUUGGAGCGAAUUUCAGUGGCGCGCCUCCAACGGUUGUUCAUGGGGAUUUUCCAUCUAAACCCUAAAAACCCUUUCUUCGCACCCAAUUUCUAUACUUAAAAUUGGGAAAAUUGUCUGUAAUUUUGCUGUGUUUCAUAGCUUAGAGAGGAGAUAAAGGAAAUGGAAGCCAUUGACAUGGAUGUGGAGGAGCACGCUAAUGCCGAUACGAGUACAAAUUCCAGCUCCUUCAAGCGCUUCGGACUCAAGAAUUCCAUUCAGACCAACUUCGGCGAUGACUACGUUUUUCACAUCGCCCCUAGUGAGGAUUGGACGUCAAUGGCGGUGUCGUUAUCUUCGAACGUAGUGAAGCUGUACUCGCCUGUGACUGGUCAGUACUAUGGAGAGUGCAGAGGCCACAGUGGAACCAUCAAUCAGAUUUCCUUCUCUGUGCCGUCAACCCCACAUGUAUUGCAUUCUUGUUCUUCUGAUGGAACUAUCAGAUCUUGGGACGUGCGAGCUCUUAAUGAGAUUUCUUCCAUCAGUGCUGGCCCUUCUCAAGAGAUCUUCAGCUUCGCCUAUGGAGGAUCAAGUACGAAUCUUCUUGCUGCUGGUUGUAAAUCUCAGAUACUCUUCUGGGACUGGAGGAACAGAAAGCAAGUCGCAUGCCUAGAGGACUCUCAUGUGGAAGAUGUUACUCAGGUUCACUUUAUUCCUGGCCAUCAAGGCAAGCUUGCUUCUGCUUCCGUGGAUGGGUUGGUUUGUAUAUUUGACACCAAUGGGGAUAUUGAUGAUGACGACCAUAUGGAUUCUGUGAUUAACGUGGGAACUUCAGUCGGUAAGAUUGGGUUUUUUGGAGAGAAUUAUAGAAAGUUGUGGUGUUUGACUCACAUUGAAACCUUGAGCUUAUGGGACUGGUCAGAUGGGAGAAAUGAAGCAGAUAUCACGGAUGCUCGCACACUAGCUUCCAACAGUUGGAAAAUGGAUCAUGUUGAUUAUUUGGUUGAUUGUCACUACUCGAAUGAAGGCGAUCGACUGUGGGUUCUUGGAGGUACCAAUGAUGGCACUGUAGGCUACUUCCCAGUCGAUCACCAUAAGGGGAAGAAUGCAAUCGAAUCACCCAACGUUGUGCUUGAGGGUGGCCAUGUUGGUGUUGUUAGAAGUGUCUUGCCCGUGACAAAUGUAUUAGGUGGUUUUUCACAGAGUCAAGGUGUGUUUGGAUGGACAGGUGGAGAAGAUGGACGUUUAUGUUGUUGGUGUUCGGAUGAUUCUCACGAAACUUAUCGAUCCUGGAUUUCGAGCACUCUUGUUAUCAAGUCACCCAGUGCUCGAAGGAAACAUAGACAUCAUCCUUACUAAAAAUUGACAAAUGUUCUUGUACGUCUUUGAUCAUGUAAUCUUCCAAUGUUUUUGUAUCCAUCAUUUUGCCUCCCAACCCCU